UCUGUAUCUGAUCUGCCAGUCGCUGGCACCGAGCUGCAAAUCGAGGCCGAAGUCGACUGCCGAAGAUCAUGCCUCGGCAGGAUUGCGGAAAUUUGGGUGGGAAGAAUGUAGAGGACGACAGGAGCGAUGGUGAUUCUUCAUGGGGUCAGCUUCGGUGCAGAGGUGCAGCUCUGUGGUGUACAUGUUGAGCAGUAAUCCGAGGCAGGUUCAGAUUGAUAUCAGAGGCUAAUGGAUACUCUCGUUCAUUGAGUCGAUCGCGGACAGGCAGCAGCAGCAGCAGCGCAUUGUAGGGUUUUGGUAGGGGUUUUCGAGGUCGUCGAGGAGGAGCAUGUGGUGCAAUUGAGGACAUAGGGAUUGAGAUUGUUGGGCCAGAGCUCAGAGUGAAGUGUGGACUAGUGUCGCGAUGCGAUGAUCGGUCUGCCACAGUGGCCUCAGUUGGGUGAGAAGUUGCUGAUGCUCACUUCUCGCUGCCACCAUGGCAGAGGGACGGGUGGAGUCGUCAUGGUGAGAUCGUGGGUGGUCGGGCGUCCCGCUGUGACUAGCAAGAGAAGGUUCGAGGUUGCAUCGUCUCAGUUGACGCAUCAGUGGCCCUUUGCAAGGUCUCAGUUGUCUCCGGCAGAUUUAGGGAGUCGGUUUGCCUUCGUCAACUGUUUUGUCACUCAUGUUCUGAAACCCCUGGUCUUCAAUCGCCCCAAUGCUGGGGCUCUGUCGCUGAAGGGGAAUUUCUUAGUAACAUCAUUCUGUUCUGAAAGUUCGUCGGAGGAAACUCCUCGACAGGAUUUGUCGACUUUCAAGCCACCUCCUCCCGCUCAGCCCGUUCGCCCUGAACAUAUACUCUCCGAAGUACCAUUUCAGUAUUGGUACAGUUAUGCCGACCUCCCUGAUAAUAGAUCGAGGAAGAAAAAUUCGAAACAGACUGGUCAGGAUGAUCCGAACAGGUCUUCCACGAGGGAAAAGAAGGAUGCUGCAAAUUCAUCACAUUUAAGUCCAGAGGAUCGGAGGAGAUUGCUCUUGACAGAACUCAGAAAAGGUGCAGGUUCAGAUGUUGAAAAUUCAGAGGAACCGAGACGAUGGCUAACGAGGGACCUGAAGGAUAGUCCAGGUUCAGCUAGUCGGAAGCCUUCGGAUACGAUAGGAUCUGCAGUGAGGGAUCGGGUGGUAACUGCAGGUAUUUCUGUAAAAAGAACGGAUGGAACAAAGAGAUCUCUUAUGAGAGAACGUAGGGGGAUAUCAGGUGUAUCUAGCGCAUCUGAGGACCGGUCUCUCACGAGGGAAACGGUUGACAAUACAGAAUCUAGUGCAAAAUCAGAGCCACCGAGGAGGUCUUUCAUGAGAGAACGUAGGGUGAUUUCAGAUGUAUCUAGCGUAACUGAGGAUCGGUCUUUCUCGAGGGAAACGGUGGACAAUACAGAAUUUAGUACAAAGUCAGAGCAGCCGAGGAGGUCUCUCAUGAGAGAACGUAGGGUGAUAGCAGGUGUACCUAGAGCAACUGAGGAUCGGUUUCUCAUGAGGGAAAGAGUGGGCAAUUCAGAACGUCCUACAAAGUUGGAGCAACCGAGGAGGUCUCUCAUGAGAGAACCGAGACAAAAACCCCGGUCAUCCAGUCCACGUAGAGGAAAUGGAGUAGCUGCGGUCACCUCCACGUUGCAGAUGAACGAUGAGACGGCAAGAGAUGAAUUGUCGCAAACAUUUGAAGUGCAGGAUACUACUGUUGCUGAAAAUGGUUGUUUAGGUGAAAGGGAGCCACAUGACACCGUAGAGCAGGAAAAUUUUGCAGAAAGGGAUUCAUGUGAAGUGUCAGAACUGGAAAAGGAAAAGCCAACGGCAACCAAGACUGCAGAAGACACAGAGAAAGAGGGUUUCCGCUUGAGUACGAAAGAAAUCAACUUGUUGAUUGACAAGUGUAAUCGCUCCAGUCGCCAAAUCAACAUGGGGUGGAGGGGAUGGGGUCAUAAUUACAUCACGCUGGUCCAUUCUUAUUGGAAGAAGUCAGAAGUUUGCAAAAUCAAGUGCAAAGGUGCAGUAACCUUGGACAUGGACUUCCUGUGCAAUAAGCUUGAAGAAAAGACAGGCGGCAGAGUAAUUCAUCGAAAUCAAGGUGUUGUUUAUCUCUAUCGAGGCCGGGAUUACGAUCCUAAGUUUGCUCCGAAACUCCCUGUUAUGCAUCAGCGAAAGAAAACUCCAGCUAAACGCCUCCCUAUUCCAUUUGGGCUGACGAAGGAUGAUGUUAACGCGUUGCGAGCCAGAGGAAAAGAAUUGCCUGCGUUAUGCAAGCUAGCAAAAAACGGCGUGUUUGUUACACUUUUGGACGAUGUGAGGAAGGCUUUCGAGAAAAGUGAUCUAGUUCGUGUCAACUGCCAAGGCUUCGAGGCGAGGAACUUCCGUGCCCUUGGGGUGAAAUUAAAGAAGCUGGUUCCCUGUGUCUUAAUAUCUUAUGAAUUUGAGCACAUACUCAUGUGGAGAUGGGAUGGAUUCAAGGCGCCGAGUCCAGAAGACGCGGUUCAGAUGUCAGAGGAGAGUUUUAAGGAUGAAGAGGAAGAUGCCGAUCAUUGACCCUGGAUUUCUGGGACAUAGAACUACAGAGAAGGGAGGAGCAGUAUACGCGAACAAGCGCUGUUCGUAGUAGAGCGUCGCCUUUUGCCCAGGUCGUAGAAAGAACUGGGACACUACAUGUAACAGGAGCAUGAGGCCCUACAAUCAUGUUGUAACGUAAGCAAAACACCAAGGUCAUUUCCUUGCAAGUGACAAAGUCUAAGUGAUUCUUCGUCCUGAUUGGAUGAAUUUUUUGGGUGUGAUGAUCCGAUCUUUGUUGUCGUAAAGAGCAAGAACUUAGAUACACGUUCCACCAACUCAUUCAGUUGUGGUGGUUGAGAUAAUGACAGCCUUGUGGCUGGGGUGAGAGUCUUGUUGAGCAGCGAUUGCAGCUCGGAAGUCCGUACUCUCGGAUUGUAGAAAGAGGGAAUUUCAUAAGCAUGGAUGGGGAAGGCAAGAAUAUGUCAAAGUUGCUCCCCUUUCACAAGUAAUAGGAAAUGUCAUCAGGAUACGUCAGGAUGUUGGUUCUGAUACUCCUCAGGCAUCGACAACAGUGGCAGACUUUCCGACUAAAAUGAAUGAUAUGUGUGCAAUCCUCA